AUGGAUACCUUGACCUCACACCCUACGACCGCGCAACAGGCUCAAGCCUUCACCUCGCCCGCUUCCCUAUCCUUCCCCGGUGGGAUGACGCCGCCUUCUGAGAAAGAUGGUAAUUCCCAGGCGAACGGACUUGUGAAUGGUGGAAAUCGUCAGCAGCAGCUGCAACAGCAGCCACAAAAAGGAGUGAUUGCCCCACAGACAAACGGCAACGGGGUGACACCCACGACUCCUGCUGCGACGCCAGCUGCUAGCGGUCAGAGUGUGACGGCUGGGAUUGUUCCAACCUUGCAAAACAUCGUUGCCACGGUCAAUCUCGAUUGUCGCUUGGAUCUGAAGACAAUUGCAUUGCACGCCCGCAAUGCUGAGUACAAUCCAAAGCGUUUCGCAGCUGUGAUCAUGCGCAUUCGCGAGCCGAAGACCACCGCCCUCAUCUUCGCUUCUGGCAAGAUGGUCGUCACCGGUGCCAAGUCAGAGGAUGAUAGCAGACUUGCAUCUCGCAAAUACGCUCGUAUCAUCCAGAAGCUCGGCUUCAACGCCAAGUUUACGGAUUUCAAGAUUCAAAACAUUGUCGGCUCCUGUGACAUCAAGUUCCCCAUUCGCUUGGAGGGGCUUGCAUCGCGCCAUCAUCACUUCAGCUCAUACGAACCUGAGCUCUUCCCAGGUCUUAUUUACCGCAUGAUGUCGCCAAAGAUCGUCCUUUUGAUCUUCGUCAGCGGCAAAAUCGUUCUCACGGGCGCCAAGGUGCGGGACGAGAUCUACAAGGCCUUCGAAAUGAUCUACCCAGUGCUGAGUGACUUCCGUAAAGCUUGA